CCGCCGUCCCCGCGGUCCCCGCGGGCCCCGCCCGGCGCCCGGCCGGCCAUGAACGCCGCCCGCACCGGCUACCGCGUCUUCUCCGCCAACUCCACGGCCGCCUGCACCGAGCUGGCCAAGCGCAUCACAGAGCGCCUUGGUGCAGAAUUGGGGAAAUCUGUAGUCUACCAGGAGACAAAUGGAGAAACGAGAGUUGAGAUCAAGGAGUCGGUUCGUGGCCAGGACAUCUUCAUCAUCCAGACGAUUCCCAGGGACGUGAACACCGCCGUGAUGGAGCUGUUGAUCAUGGCCUACGCCCUGAAGACGUCCUGCGCCCGCAACAUUAUCGGAGUCAUCCCAUACUUCCCCUACAGCAAGCAGAGCAAGAUGAGGAAGAGGGGCUCCAUUGUGUGCAAGCUCCUGGCUUCCAUGUUGGCCAAAGCCGGUUUGACACACAUCAUCACGAUGGACCUUCACCAGAAGGAAAUCCAAGGCUUCUUCAGUUUCCCCGUGGACAACCUGCGAGCCUCCCCGUUCCUGCUGCAGUACAUCCAGGAGGAGAUCCCGAACUACAGAAAUGCAGUGAUUGUGGCCAAGUCUCCCGAUGCGGCAAAGAGGGCUCAGUCGUACGCAGAGAGGCUGCGGCUGGGCUUGGCGGUCAUCCAUGGAGAGGCCCAGUGCACCGAGCUGGACAUGGACGACGGGCGGCACUCUCCCCCGAUGGUCAAGAACGCCACCGUGCACCCGGGCCUGGAGCUGCCGCUGAUGAUGGCCAAAGAGAAGCCGCCCAUAACUGUCGUCGGGGACGUGGGAGGCCGGAUCGCCAUCAUCGUGGAUGACAUCAUCGACGACGUGGAGAGUUUUGUGGCCGCGGCCGAGAUCCUGAAGGAGCGGGGGGCUUACAAGAUCUACAUCAUGGCCACCCACGGCAUCCUGUCUGCCGACGCCCCGCGCCUGAUUGAGGAGUCGUCCAUCGACGAGGUGGUGGUGACCAACACUGUGCCCCACGAAGUGCAGAAGCUGCAGUGCCCCAAGAUCAAGACGGUGGACAUCAGCCUGAUCCUUUCAGAAGCCAUCCGCCGGAUCCACAAUGGCGAGUCGAUGGCCUACCUCUUCCGGAACAUCACCGUGGACGACUAGAGCCCGGGCAGCCUUCCGCCCGCGGUGCCCGGCCUGGGGGAGAGUCUGGUGCCAAAGGCCACCCUCCCACCCUCACAGAAGUCUUCCUAGGGAGAGGGAGAGGUGCCCCAAGACGGUAUUGUUGCUAGGCAACCCCCAUCCAUUCAUCCCCAGGGCCUGGGAGACGGUCCGCCCUACAGGAAAAGUAGACAGGCGGGUCCUCCCACCCUGAACCUAGGGACCCCUUGAUGGGGGGUAGGCUCGUAGCUGACUCUGCUUCCUCCUUGCCCCGCUGGGCUGGUUGAGCUCCUCCAGCGGGGAAUCAUUCCUUUAACGAGUGACCUAGGCGGCCUGCCCUCCCUCCCAGCGUCUCUCUCUGUUCCCUUCCCACUCAUCUCUCACCACCCUCACCCCUUUAGUGUCUUUUUUUAUGAAGCGGGAGGUUCCAGGUCCAGGAUCCGUUCCCCUCCGUCCCCACCACGGGCACUCUGGUCAGGGAGUUGGGGGCAGUGGGGGAGAGGGAUGAGGGUAGGAGGGAGAGCUCUUCCUCCUUCCCUCGCUGGAGACCUGGAUCCUUUCAAGCUGCAAAUAAACAAUUUUGGUCCA